UCACCAAAUCCCAACUGUACACAGCUCCAAGAACCAAAACCAAAACAAGACCUAAAAAAAUUGCUUCUUUUUUAUCUUUUUCAUUUUGAUGAAAGAAAAUCCCCCAGAUUCCACAUUCAAUUAACCAUCUUCCAAGUUCCAACCAUUUAUGAUUUAACCCUCACACUCACACUUUUUAUCUCCGCGUCUCCUCGCACCCCACAAGUCAAUGGCAGCGUCCCAAAAGCGUUAGACCCAAAACCCAGAAUAAAAACCGAACCUUUAGCACUCCCACACCCUCCAUGGAUCUCCGCAACACGUUUUCCCCUUCCUUCUUCGUGCCCCUCUUCCUGGGCUUCAACCUAUUCUUCUUCUUCGCUUCGUCGCAGGUCGACGACGACGUCAAAUGUCUCCGCGGCAUCAAGGACUCCCUCCACGACCCCGACGGUCGCCUCACCUCGUGGCGCUUCGACAACACCACCGUCGGUUUCAUCUGCGACUUCGUCGGCGUGUCGUGCUGGAACCUCCGGGAGAAUCGCGUCCUAGGUUUGCAGCUCCGUGAGUUCGGGCUCUCGGGUCGGAUCCCGGAAUCUUUGAAGUUCUGUGGGAAGAAUCUCCAAAAGUUGGAUCUUGCUACGAAUUCUUUCUCGCCGGAGAUCCCGCCUGAGAUCUGCACUUGGAUGCCGUUUUUGGUUUCGAUUGAUUUGUCUGGUAAUCAGCUUUCUGGGCCUAUUCCUCCCACGAUUGUGAAUUGUUCUUAUUUGAAUGACUUGGUGUUGUCGGAUAAUCAGCUUUCUGGGUCGAUUCCAUAUGAGUUUGGGAGUUUGGGUAGGCUUAGGAAGUUUUCUGUGGCUAACAAUAGGCUUAGUGGGACAAUUCCUGAUUUUUUCAAUGGGUUUGAUAGGGAGGGUUUUGAGGGGAAUAGUGACCUUUGUGGGGGUCCUCUUGGAUCCAAGUGUGGUGGGAUGAGUAAGAAGAAUCUUGCUAUUAUAAUUGCUGCUGGGGUGUUUGGUGCUGCUGCUUCGUUGUUGCUGGCUUUUGGGUUGUGGUGGUGGUACCAUUUGAGUGGGAAGAGGAAGAAGGGGAAGGGCUAUGGGCUUGGUGGUGUUGGGGAUGGUGCUGCUGCUGUUGGUGGUGGUGAUUGGGCUGUCAGGUUGAGAGGGUAUAAGCUUGUGCAGGUUAGUCUCUUUCAGAAGCCUAUUGUGAAGCUCAAGUUGGGGGAUUUGAUGGCUGCUACUGGUAAUUUCAGUGGGGAGAAUGUUCUCUUCGCCACCAGGACCGGGACUACUUAUAAGGCCGAUCUUCCGGAUGGCUCCACGCUCGCGGUGAAGCGGCUGAGUGCUUGUAAGAUUGGGGAGAAGCAGUUUGGGAUGGAGAUGAACCGGCUCGGGCAGGUUCGCCACCCGAAUUUGGCGCCAUUGUUGGGGUUUUGUGUGGUGGAGGAUGAGAAGCUGUUGGUGUAUAAGCACAUGUCGAAUGGGACAUUGUAUUCGUUGUUGCAUAAGAGUGGUGGUGGGGUGUUGGAUUGGUUGAUGAGGUUUAGGAUUGGGUUGGGCGCGGCGAGGGGGCUUGCGUGGUUGCAUCAUGGCUGCCACCCUCCCAUUAUACAGCAGAACAUUUGCUCAAGUGUGAUACUUGUUGAUGAGGAGUUUGAUGCUCGGUUGAUGGACUUUGGGCUGGCGAGGCUCAUGGCGUCGGACUCAAAUGGGAGUUUUGUGAAUGGGGAUUUGGGGGAGCUCGGGUAUAUAGCACCGGAGUAUCCAAGUACCUUGGUUGCUUCGUUGAAAGGGGAUGUGUAUGGGUUUGGGGUUUUGCUUUUGGAGUUGGUGACCGGGCGAAAACCUCUUGAGGUGAGCAAUGGGGAGGAAGAGUUCAAGGGUAGCUUGGUGGAUUGGGUGAAUGUGCAUUCUAGUUCGGGCAGACUCAAGGAUUGCAUUGAUAAAGCCAUAUGUGGAAGGGGACACGAUGAGGAGAUUCUGCAGUUUCUGAAAGUCGCUCUGAAUUGUGUGGUUUCUCGCCCCAAGGAUAGGUGGUCUAUGUACCAAGUUUAUCAUUCCUUAAAGACCAUAUCCAAAGACCACAGUUUCUCUGAACAUGAUGAUGAAUUCCCCUUGAUCUUUGGAAAGCCAGAAAAUGACACGGUGGCAUAGUUCUUGAGGAAGCAUGGCGGCAUGAGAAGAUGAUGAAAAUGUUCUUACACUGAAUUGCUAUUUUAUAGUGGAGAGUUCUCACAAUGGUACUGAUGUUUAUUAUGGCUUGAACAUUUCCUCCAAGGGUGACCCUAAUCAGGUAUAGUUGUAUUGUAUGAUAUAAUAAACUUUCUCUUAGGAUAGAUUUUAUGAGAUCUAUUUGUUUCUCUGUUUGUUGUAUGAAAAUGCAAUAUCUAAUGAUGUCCAAGAUGCUUGGAAUAUGCUUCGGAUUUGAAUCCUUAAAUAUGUCUGUCCUCAAAACCAAGAACAUAGGCGUCUACUUGUACUCUGUAAAAAGACAUCUAAUCAUGGUGUUUUGUUCAUCUAGAUCUAAUUGAUUGGGAAGUUUGAAGCAUUUAAUUUCUGUAUAAAUAAAUGAAGUCCUAGGUUUAUGCUGAAC